AUGCAAUUUUCCGAUCUCCUCACCACUGCCGCUGUUGCUUUGGCCUUUGUACCGAGCACCGUCGUCGCCAGUGACGUGACGCGUCUUGUGAAGCCCAUACCACGGAUUAUCGGCCCCUGCGAAGUCAAGGUUUUGAAGGCCGGAGUCUCGCAACAUUUGGCAUAUUUCAAGAUGGGUCGGGAAACCACUAAGACCUUUUUUGUCCCUGUACCUGGGGGAAGCACGUACUUGUUUGAGCUUCGAACUACAUAUGACUGCACGGCAACCAUAUUACGUUGGACGAUGCCUCGGGACUAUGGUGUCUUAGUAUCCACUCUGAGCGCUCGCGAGUAUUGGGCGCUCAUGGAAGGACAUCCGGGGGCUAAAGUCAGUAAAGACUGGAACCCCUCGGACUGGAAGCCCUCGCAGGGUCUUGAAUAG